GAGGGGGAUAAAAAAAGAUCACAACGCGGGAGAGAGCAGGUUGAAUCGUCUCUGCCGGGCUUACCGUUCACUCGCAGCAGGUUUGAACGCCCCAAAACCGAGGUCAUGGCUGUGGAUGUCGCGUUAAAAAAUCUGAAAAACCAAAAAUUCAAAAAGUAGAGAUGAAAAUUGGCUUGAUACUGUUUCCCGAGACGCUCUGUGGAAAGUGUCAGAGGCGCGACCGUGACCGUUGGAGCCGUUAGCCGAAGGACUGAGCGAGCCGAGGUCUUUCCUCCAUUUUGUAGAAGUCUACCUUUCCAAAGCAUCAGCCACUGAGUGUGACCAGCACUUGAGAUUUCCCCACAGAUUCCCAGCAUGGAGAGAACUGCCAUUUCUGCUUCACUGCUCUCCGUCUGCCUCGUUUUGGCUGUGUGUCGCUGUUCCCUGGCGGGUUCCUUCUGCCCGGCGCAGUGCGUUUGUGAAACCCGGCCGUGGUACACCCCUCAGUCGGUCUACCAUCAAGCCAAGACUGUGGACUGCAAUGAGCUCCACUUAAGCGCCAUUCCACGGAAUAUAACUGCUGACACUCAGGUGCUGCUUCUCCAGAGCAACAACAUCUCCAUGGUGACCUCAGAGCUCCGGAGUCUCAUCAACCUCACGGAGUUGGACCUUUCUCAGAAUCACUUUACGCACAUCCAAGAUGUCGGAUUGGGUAACUUAACCCAGCUAGUCACCCUUUACCUAGAGGAGAAUCAGAUUAAAGAACUUCCCGAUUUCUGCCUGAAAGAUUUAGUCAGCUUGGAGGAGCUUUAUAUAAACCACAACCAGAUAUCUUCGAUUGGCCCAAAUGCCUUCUCUGGCUUAGGGAGCUUGCUUAGGCUUCAUCUCAACUCCAACAAACUGGUGGCUAUUGACAGUCAAUGGUUUGAGUCUCUGCCGAACCUCGAGAUCCUCAUGAUAGGUGAGAACCCCAUACUUGGACUGCAGGACAUGAACUUCCACCCCCUUUCUAAACUGCACAGUCUGGUGCUGGCUGGCAUGGGCCUCAGGGAAAUACCUGCUGGAGCUUUUCAAGGACUGGAAUAUCUGGAGAGUCUUUCGUUUUUUGACAAUAAGUUGACAGCCGUGCCCAAAGACGCCCUCCGCUCUCUACCAAACCUGAAGUUCCUCGACCUUAACAAGAAUCCUAUUGUCUCUAUCCAGGAGGGUGAUUUUCAGGACUUCCUCCACUUGGAGGAGCUCAGCAUGAACAACAUGGAGGAGCUGGUGGCUGUGGAGAGAGGCGCGUUUUCCAGUCUCCCGCAGAUGGCCAAGUUGGAGGUUUACAACAACCCUCAUCUGUCCUACAUUGACCGUGCUGCUUUCCACAACAUGGGUGGUUUGCGCACUUUGCUGGCCCACAACAAUGACAUCACCCUCCUCCCUCAUGAGGUUUUAGCCUCUUUCCCCAACCUGGAUGAGAUAAGCCUACACAGCAACCCACUCAGGUGUGACUGCCUCUCAACCUGGGGGCCAGUCUUCGGUAACCAGUCGACUCUCAAGCUUUUGGAACCCCAGCUUACUCUGUGCGCCUCUCCUCCGCACCUGAUUGGGCACUCACUCCAGGAAGUGGUGUCAACCAACUGGAACUUGGCCAGCAACACCUGUCUGCCACUCAUAUCCCUGCAUGCAUUCCCUCCUCAGCUUAACGUCACGGCUGGGCAGCCCUUGACACUGGACUGCUGGGCUGUGGCAGAUCCUGUCCCUCAGUUCUACUGGGUGACCCCCACAGGUGACAAAGUAACUUCGGAGACUGCAUCCACAGCACUGAACGAGGGAAGCGUGGGCGCUAAAAAGCACAGAAUGCAAGAUCAAGGUGCUCUGGAGAUACUCCAUGUUGAACCAGAGGAUGCCGGUCUCUAUACAUGUGUGGCAUGGAACGCAGAAGGUGCGGAUACUCGGAGCGUGUCGGUAUACGUGGACAAAAGCAACUGGCAAGAUGAUCGGCAGAGAGCAGGCCUGCAGUGGGGGGUGAACACCACAGGAGCUCUGGUUGUCUUGGCAAAAAUCAUCCAUGCACAGUCUGUAGUACUGGAAUGGAAAGUAUACCCAUCUGCCCCUGCCUCAGGCCGUGAGUUGCCGCAACCGAAGUGGCUCAGCGCCACUAUAAAAAUCGACAACCCUCAGAUCAGCUACACAGCGAAAGUCCCUGUAGACGUCCAAGAAUACAACCUCACUCACCUGCUGCCCUCCACGGAGUACCGAGUCUGCCUGACCAUGUCGUCCGCGGAGCAGCAAACCCAGCAUUCCUGCAUCAAUGUCACCACCAAAGAAGCCAGCUUUGCCGUGGAGAUGGUCGCCCAACCGAGCAACGUUGCCUUGGCAGCGGUGAUGGGCUCCAUGUUCGCCAUCUGUAUCAUGGCCCUGCUGGUGUUUUACAUGGGUCGACGAAUAAAGCAAAAGUCCUGUCACCACUCGCUGAAGAAGUACAUGCAGCACGCCACCUCUAUUCCCCUCAACGAGCUGUACCCUCCCCUCAUCAAUUUGUGGGAGAACGAAACGGAGAAAGAGAAGGACGGCUCCGUUGACCCCCAGAACUCACAGAUAGACACCUCAAAGACGUACAUGUGGUAGUUUCACGAGUUUCACAAGGAACGAGUAGAAAAAGACACUUCAAAGUAUGUAUGGUGCUGUACAUAGAUAAGUAUGUAAUUACUUACUAAGAUGUCAUUGUGGAAGAUGUAUUUUUAGAUUGUAUUACCUUCCCUGGCCGAAAA